GCUGACUGGACACUUGAAGAAACUCCUCCCAGACAAUUAUGGGGGUCCACGUGGUGGGAGUCGUAGCAGUCAUCAUCUUCUACAUCUUAAUCCUAGGGGUGGGACUCUGGGCAGCUCGAAAAUCCCGAGGGGAAACAGACAGUGAGAAUGUGAUGCUGGCGGGGAGGAACAUUGGGGUUCUAGUGGGGGUCUUUACCAUGACAGCUACAUGGGUAGGAGGGGGAUUUAUCAAUGGAACAGCUGAAUACAUAUUCAAGGAUGGCCUGGUGUGGUGUCAAGCUCCUUUUGGAUAUGCCUUAAGCUUAGUGUUUGGUGGUCUAUUUUUUGCUGAGAAGAUGAGAACGGAGGGUUAUGUGACAAUGCUGGACCCCUUCCAAGAGAAGUAUGGACAAAGGAUGGGGGGUCUCUUAUACAUUCCUGCCCUCCUCGGUGAGGUGUUUUGGACAGCAGCCAUUCUAGCUGCUCUUGGUGCUACGAUCUCUGUUAUUAUUGACAGUGAUGUAAAGACGUCCAUUAUUGUGUCUGCCUGUAUUGCCGUAUUCUACACCUUGUUUGGGGGACUGUAUUCUGUUGCCUACACAGACGUUGUACAGCUCUUCUGUAUAUUCUUUGGUCUGUGGAUAACCAUUCCAUUUGCCAUGACUAACGAACAUGUAGGAGACAUUGCUGUUAAUGCAUCCUCCUUAUGGAUCAAAUCCAUUGACCCUCAAUACACAGGGGUGUACAUAGAUGGCAUGCUGCUGCUGAUUUUUGGGGGAAUCCCCUGGCAAGUCUAUUUCCAGAGAGUCUUGUCUGCCAAGUCGGCAUUCAAUGCUAAAAUCCUGUCCUAUGUGGCAGGGGUGGGCUGUAUUGUGAUGGCUAUCCCCUCAGUCCUGAUUGGUGCUAUAGCAACAACUACAGACUGGAACAGUACUGACUAUACCAUUAAGGAUCAUCGAGAGUUCCCCAUCCCCCCAGAAAACAUGAACCUGAUCCUCCCCAUGGUAAUGCAGUAUUUGACGCCCACCUGGGUGGCAUUCUUUGGUUUGGGGGCGGUAUCCGCAGCUGUGAUGUCAUCAGCGGACUCCUCCAUUCUGUCUGCUAGCUCCAUGUUUGCCAGAAACAUUUACAAAUUGUUAUUUAGACAACAGGCAUCAGAGCAAGAGAUUGUGAAUGUGAUGCGGGUGGGUAUAUUUGGAGUGGGUAUCCUAGCAACAAUAAUGGCCAUCAUGGUGGAUUCUAUCUACAUGCUGUGGUAUCUCUGUUCUGAUCUUGUGUAUGUCAUUCUGUUUCCGCAGCUUGUCAGUGUCGUCUAUCUGAAAGGCACCAACACCUACGGAUCUUUAGGAGGGUUCAUUAUUGGCUGGUUCUUCCGCUUAAUGGGAGGAGAAAGCAGCAUGAAAAUUCCAGCUGUCAUAAAGUACCCCUGGUAUGAUGAGGCCAGUGGGACACAGCUGUUUCCAUAUAAAACCUUCUGUAUGCUUCUAUCCUUUGCAUCCAUAAUCCUCAUCUCCUACCCCGCAAAAUACAUGUUCGAACGAGGAAUGAUCCCCCCUAAGUACGAUGUAUUUAUGUGCAUUGUUAAUUUUCCGGAAGAGAGUAUAGCGCUAGCAUCCAGUAAAAUGUCGGAACUGACCGCAGUGACUCCUACUGAGGUGAAUGGAAAAAUCAACCCAGCUCUCAAAUUUUCACAAGAUGACUUACUUGCUGUUGAGAAGCAGUAUGGAAGGAAGGAAAAUGGAGAUACAGAACAUGCCAAGUUCCUAACACCAGAUGAUGCUCUCCAUCAAAAAGAAUCUCCAUAGGAAUUUUCAGUUUUGCUUGGUAGAACCUCUAGUUACCAUAUCUCAUGGCCAGGAUAUCGAAGUAAAGGGAAACUACUCCUACAGGAAAAACUCUAUAAGAUACAUUUUUAUAUAGAUAGUGUUUCAUUAAAAUUUAAGUAUUAUUUGAAAAAUGGUGAUUGCUGAUACAUGUAUUAUUAGUAAAUGCAUUUAUUCAGACUGCAAUCAAAUUUUUAGUAUGGUAUUCCAGACCGUAGCAUACAGUUCAGUACUUUGGUUUGUUUACUGUGAUACUGUAAAAUUUCAAGAGAGGUUUAAUAAAGAGAACUUUUUUAACAUUAAUCUGGUAUUAAAACGAUUCUUCUAAAUUAGGUGUAACUGGAGGGAUUACAGAGAUACAUGCAACAUUUGUAGUUACUAGUUUCCUACCUACAAACUCAAAGAAAAAACUGGUCUCCUAUGAAGACCCUUGAGCUUUUGAUAAAUGUCUUUUAUUUUGGCCAGUUGA